AUGACUUCUGUUAACAAGAUCCCCAAGGAAAACUUAAUGCUCGAUCCUUUCGAGGAAAACAGCCAUUGUGAAACUUUGACUUCCCAAGCCUGCCUCACCGCCAGAGACGUGGCUAUAGCGUUAAGCAUUCCAGAACCAAAGCUUGUUGUCAUUGCCUCUAUCUUGGAGUCUAUGGCUUGCCUCCUUCCUAGAAAGGCUCCCGCUUCGUUCGUUUCGGCUUUUGUUAAGUUACUUGUGGCCCACAUUGCCGAUAAUAAGCUUUUUGAGGGCUUGGUGAAGCGCUUUCGGGAGGGGGUGCCCCCAGAGUGGAAUCUGCUUCUCCGUGGCGAGAGGCUAUCCAGCGUAGGCGCCAUCUCCUCAGUCUGGAACCAUUGUGCUGGCCAGCCCGAGCUUACUUUGAACGAGAACCUAGCUUUCAUUACCUGUUUUGUGGAGAGCUUACCUGAAAUCUUACAGGCGGUGGGAUUAGUGCCCAGAAAAGAUGUGGAGGAGUUGGACACGGACGUGCCGGCCGGCUCCAUUAGCUCCAAAUACGCCAAGGAAUCCAAGGCUGGGUCUACGGUGAACUUGACAAAAUUGGCACAGCUUGUUCUUCGUGACGACAUUGGCGAUGUGGGGACCUUGUGCAUCUUGCAUUCUGCCAGGGCAACUGGUGAGAUUCUUACUGCCGCCGGUAAAACCAACGACCUUCCUGAAAAUAAAGCUGCCAGACGUAUCUCAGCCUAUAUUUUGGAAAGGCCUUAUUUGGUGUACUUGGCUUUGAGGGGACUGGCGCCUGGAGCGUUAACCAUUAUAGAGAAGCACUACCAAGCGCAGUCAGUGUCCUUCGAUCUGGCUAUCGAUGAUCCUCCUUUCUUCAUCAGUAGCUUGUUGUGUCAUGGUGCCAAGUUCAACUUCUCCAGCUUCCCCGUUCUUUACAAGUGUGUUGAACUUGCUUCAGAGAGAAUCGAGGCCUUAGCUUUCCACAAUACCACUGGCUUGUACAAAUUGCACAAUUCCAGGGCUCGGAGCAUGUCCCUUCUCGCCACUUUAUGCGAUGCUAUUUAUUUGGUCAGCCGGAACAUAGGUAUUCAGUUUGGAGAGAUGUUCGAUCAGGUCCCUCUUUUCCAAAAUAUCUUCAACUACUCCACACUUCCACCCUACCCCAAAUUAAACAGCUACUUGCCAGCAGGUAGCAACAUGCCACCUGCGGCUCCUGAACUCGAGCACUUGGGCCCUGUUUUGAUGUUGGGAUCGUUGGUCUCUUCUUUGGGAUGCCUUAUACGUGCAGCCAGCAUCGUGGCGACCUAUGAGAUUCGUGAAGUUACAAAGCAAGAGGGGUUAGCCUCAAGUCUCAAUGAUAAGUUGACAACCUACCGUGUUGAGAAAGUAGUUGCGAGUAUCAUUGCAGCCACGGUAGCUCUCGACUCGACUGAAGGGUUGCCAUUGAAUGCCUUGAUUAGGAGGGAUUGCAUUGAGUCAUUGAACAAGCUUUUGUUGUUCUGCAGAAAGCAUACCACAGAAGAGGCCAAUUUGGAAGGUGAAGUCUUUUGGGUCACUUUGUUCAAUAUGGCGAAUGAUGUAUGCUACAGCGACAUCGCCUUGUCGCCCGUGAUAUUGCAGACCUUAGAUAUGCUCGUCGAAAAGGUCGAGCUCGGCGACUGUGAAGAUUUGGUAAAAUCUGCUUUGGUACCAUUGUAUGCUACGUUCGAUGACGGGAAAGUGUCUUACCCAAGUACCAGCAGUAUCAUUGAGUGGGAUAUAGAAGGGUGUCAGUUGGUUUCUGUGCCUCGAGGAGAAUACGAGUUCCUCAACGCAGAAAGCGCGGGUGCUUCUAUCAAAUCUCCAGGAGGUGGAUCUGUGGCCAAGAAAAGCUCAGAAAUUUCGAAGAAGAAAUGA